AUGUGUUUGUGUCCCUUUUUCUGUCCCUCUCCCUCACCCCCCCCCCGACAUUCCAGCCUGGGGCAGGGGGAGGCCAGCAGACACAAAGCCCUCAGUGUAUGGGGUGGUAUGUGUCCCCCUCCACCCCUCUACCCAGAGGACACAAUGCCCCUUCUGCUCCCUGUGCUCUGCCCCCCUCCUCACCACCUCUCAACUGCACAUGCCAGGCUGCAAUUGGCUACUGGCUCAGGACAGCCCCCUCAUACCGGGACCCUGGGGGAUUUUAAGCGGGUUCCAGGAACCCCCGCUCAGUUCCUUGUCCCCCACUCUCCCAACCCCGCAGACGCUCCGGGCCCUAGCCCUGCCCCAGCUAUGGCUCCUGGGGCUCCCUCUUCCAACCCCAGUCCUAUCCUGGCUGCGCUACUCUUCUCCUCUUUGGUGCUCUCCCCAGCCCAGGCCAUUGUGGUUUACACGGACAAGGAGGUCCACGGUGCUGUGGGCUCCCGGGUGACCCUGCACUGCUCCUUCUGGUCCAGUGAGUGGGUCUCAGAUGACAUCUCCUUCACCUGGCGCUACCAGCCAGAAGGAGGCCGUGAUGCCAUCUCGAUCUUCCACUAUGCCAAGGGACAGCCCUACAUCGAUGAGGUGGGGACCUUCAAAGAGCGCAUUCAGUGGGUAGGGGACCCUCUCUGGAAGGAUGGCUCCAUUGUCAUACACAACCUGGACUAUAGUGACAACGGCACUUUCACCUGUGACGUCAAAAACCCACCAGACAUAGUGGGCAAGACCUCUCAGGUCACGCUCUAUGUCUUUGAAAAAGUGCCUACUAGGUACGGGGUGGUGCUGGGAGCCGUGAUCGGGGGUGUUUUGGGGGGUGUUCUAUUGCUGCUGCUGCUUUUCUACCUGAUUCGGUACUGCUGGCUACGCAGGCAGGCGGCCCUGCAGAGGAGACUCAGUGCCAUGGAGAAGGGGAAAUUGCACAAGUCUGUGAAGGACUCGUCGAAGCGCGGCCGGCAGACGCCAGUGCUGUAUGCCAUGCUGGACCACAGCAGAAGCACCAAAGCUGCCAGUGAGAAGAAGACUAAAGGGUUGGGGGAGUCUCGCAAGGAUAAGAAAUAGCGGUUAGCGGGCCGGGCGGGGGGUAAGGGGUCAGGGGCGGAGGCUACCAAAGGCUCUCAGAUGGUGGUCAUAGAGAUGGAGCUACGAAAGGAUGAGCAGAGCUCGGAGCUCCGGCCUGCUGUCAAGUCCCCCAGCAGAACCAGCCUCAAGAACGCCCUCAAGAACAUGAUGGGCCUGGACUCAGAAAAGUGAUCACCCCCCUCCCCCCACCAAGGCCCUGCCAGAAAAGGGGGACCUAGGCUCCUCUAUCCCCCGUCUAGGUGCUUUCCUCCUUAGCUCCCCAGCCCUUGCCCUGCCCUCACUUCCCUUUGAGAUGUAAGUUUCAUUCCAAAAUUCAUUCCCCAAGCACUUCAUAUUCUCCCCCACCUUCACCCCCUGGCUUUCUGGAAGCCCAGGGCUCCAUCCUACACUUCACCUGCCCCAGGGACUGUGUGUUUGGUGCCCGUUCCUCUGGCGCUGAAAAGAAAGGGACCUUGCUACCCCCUGCCUCAACUCCAGGCCACCUGAUAUUCCCAUCCCCUGCACCACCUAGCCUGUCCCUCUGACCCUCUUCUCUCUGACCCUCCCUCCCCUCCAUCAGGUGGCCCAGCUACAGACUCUGCCCUCCCAGCUAACACCCAGGUCACCCAGAUCAGAUUCUCCUUCAGGUUUUAUUUAGGUUGUUAGUUAUUUUUUAUUUUUUAAUCCAUUCUUGUUUGUUUGUUUAUCUGAUCUGUGCCCAUGCUCUACCCUCCCCCCAUGACUGAGUACCAAUGACGUCAUGUGGCUUUGGCAAUUCCCCACCCCCCAUUAAAUCCUUAAUGGAGAGCCAGCCCAAGCAGAGGGGCCCCCGAUCCUCAAACCUCAGCUACAGGAAUGGUGCCCCCUGACCACUUUGGAGCACUGUUCUGGGACUCAAGAUCACAGGAAAGGAGAGGGAGAGACAAAGGAUCUUCAUAGGUGAGGGGGCUGAGGAGGGGACAAAUGAGCCUUAAGAAAUAGCUUUUAAAUAACCAAAGAAAAAGCAGGAAAAACAAAUGGGAAACAGGGGGGAAAGGGAAGAGGCUGCACUCCUAGCCACAGGGGAUUCUUAGGAUUUUUCUACAUUCUGUAUAUUUCUUCUCAAACCCCCAAAUCUCCUUAAAUGUUUAAUAAACACUGACAUUUCCAGAA